GUGCUUCGCGGGCUUGGGUCCGAACAAUAACUCUACCCAUCAUAUCACCAGCCAUUCUUCAUCAAACCCUAACAACCGUCAGAUCUUAAUCCAACGGUCACCACAGCGCGUCCACCAAGGUCAUCCCAAAUCUAUGCGACACCUAACUCACUCCCUCCUUAACAAACUCUCGCCGGUAAAUCGAUUAACGGAACCCUAACGGCGACCACGAUCAUCUCUUCCGUUCGAUCAAAGAAAAAAGCUGUUUAUGAAGUUUUCAGCUAUAAAAAGAUGGAGAAACAUAACGGAAUAUCGGUAAAACAUUCAUACAAGUGUGCUUUGACAUGGACGUUGGGCUAAUGAGUGUAGAACACAAUAGCAUGGGGCAACACGGUGUUGACUUUGACCGAUUUGGCGAGUUCAACAACGGACCAGAUUCAGCUGGAGUUUCCCCACCACAAAACAAAAUUAGCGAAACAGACCCACAUGUCGGUUUGGAAUUCGCUUAUGUGGACGCUGCAAAAUCUUUUUACAACGAGUACGCUAAACGGUCCGGAUUCACCACAUUAGUCAAUCAAAACACCGGACCCACAUCUGACGCAACGUUUGAGUUUUUAUGUUCAGCCUCUGGUGAUAGCUGCAAUGCAAUGCUUAGAAUCGAGUCAAAAAGUCAAAAUAGCUGGGUGGUUACAAAGUUCAUCAAGGAACACAACCACCCACUUACGAACAUUACGAGUACUCGUAAAAUAAUAAAUCACCAUAGACAAAAACGACAUUUUCCGAGUGCGACAAAGAAUAAUACAUCUGAAAGUUACCCUAAUGGAGUUAUGUAUCUCUCUAGGAGUGCUUCUAUGGAAUCAAACCCCGGGGCCCACAUUUCAGAUUCGGUAACUAAUUCAGUUAGACACGCAACUAGUAAAAGGUCAUUAGGUAGAGACGCGCAGAAUCUUCUAGAUUAUUUCCGCAAAAUGCAAGCUGAAAACCCGGGUUUUUACUACGCAAUACAACUAGACGAUGAUAACCGUAUGGCUAAUGUGUUUUGGGCUGAUGCUAGAUCAAGAACCGCUUAUAGUCAUUUCGGUGAUACGGUCACACUCGAUACAAUGUACAGAGUGAAACGAUACAAGGUCCCGUUUGCUCCUUUUACCGGGGUCAACCAUCAUGGUCAAACGAUUUUAUUCGGCUGUGCACUGCUUCUAGAUGAAUCUGAGUGUACAUUCACAUGGCUUUUUAAAACUUUUCUUGCUGCCAUGAAUGAUCGUGCACCCGUUUCUAUAAUCACCGAACCCGAGAAAUCAAUACAAGCUGCGGUUUCGCACGUUUUCCCAGGAACGCGUCAUUGCUUUAACAAGUGGGAUGUGUUACGAGAAGGUCACAAAAGGUUGGCGUAUGUUUGUCACAUGCAUCCUAAUUUUCAGGUCGAGUUGUAUAACUGUAUUAAUUCGACAGACACGGUUGAUGAGUUUGAAACAACGUGGGAUUUCAUUCUUGAUAGAUACGAUCUUAAAAGGAAUGAUUGGUUGCAGUUGUUAUACUCCAUGCGACAACAGUGGGUCCCGGCAUAUUUCCGUGAUACAUUUUUUGCUGGAAUUAUAUUAAAUCAGAGUUUUGAGAGCUCGUUUUUUGACGGUUAUUUAAACGAACUCACUACCGUGCCUUUAUUCUUUAGACAGUAUGAACGCGCUUUAGAAAACUCAUUUGAUAAGGAAAUAGAAGCGGAUUUCGAUACGAUAUCCACAACGCCAGCGUUGAGAACACCAUCACCAAUGGAGAAACAAGCAGCGAGUUUAUACACAAAAACAAUAUUUACGAAGUUUCAAGAAGAAUUAGUCGAAACGUUUGUGUAUACAGCAAAUAGGAUUGAUGGUGAUGGUACUGUAAGCACAUUCAGGGUUGCAAAAUUUGAAGAUGAUCAAAAAGCGUAUAUUGUUACGUUAAACGCUGGAGAACUAAGAGCACAUUGCAGUUGCCAAAUGUUCGAGUAUUCGGGAAUCCUUUGUAGACAUAUUUUAACCGUUUUUACGGUAACGAACAUACUCACAUUGCCAUCUCAUUACAUUCUAAAAAGAUGGACAAAGAAUGCAAAAAGUAAUAUAUCAUUAGAUUUAUACGUUAACGGACCCGAGUCGGUAAACACUCGUUACAAUCAUUUAAUACGGGAAGCUAUUAAAUUUGCUGAAGAAGGGGCGGUUGCUCCUAAUACAUUUACGGUUGCAAUGACGGCACUUAGAGAGGGUGUGAAGAAUGUGUCGGCUGCAAAAACGAACGUGGCAAAUUUUGCACCGACACCUAGUUCACGGGUCAAUGUGAUCGGGUAUGAUAACCGUAAGCCCGGUUCUUCUGCCCCUGAUACGACACCUUUACUGUGGCCUCGCCAGGAUGAAGUAACAAGACGGUUUAAUCUUAAUGACGUUGGGCUUCUUGGCCCACUGGGCCCACCUGCUACUGACUUGAAUCUCCCGCGUAUGGCCCCGGUAUCUUUGCGCCGUGACGAUGGACAUCCUGACAACAUGGUGAUUCUUCCUUGUCUUAAGUCAAUGACGUGGGUAAUGGAAAAUAGAAAUUUGCCUCCAGCAAACAGGGUAGCCGUCAUAAACCUAAAGUUACAAGAUUAUAAAAGAACACCAGCAAGUGAAUCUGAGGUUAAGUUUCAGCUUUCAACAGUUACAUUAGAGCCGAUGUUGAGGUCAAUGGCUUACAUUAAUGACCAGCUUUCUGCCCCUGCUAAUAAGGUUGCUGUCAUUAAUUUGAAGCUUCAAGAUACAGAGACUACUUCAGGAGAAUCUGAGGUGAAAUUUCAGGUGUCUAGAGACACAUUAGGUGCCAUGAUGAGAUCAAUGGCUUAUAUCCGGGAACAGCUCUCAAAUGCAGCUGAAUCGCCAUCUGAGAUUCUAUCGAAGAGACCAAGAAAAUAGAGUAACGGCCCACCCAUAAUGCCAGCAAGAAGACAUUAAGGGUUUUGUUUUACAGGUAAGUUAGUUGUUGAUUACAUAUUGUUCUGCUGAAGAGCUUUGAGAUAGAAAAGGAAGGUGUUGUAGGUUAUUGCCCAUGAAUGGAACUUUUGUUUAUCAUCGUCAUUGCUGCUGUGAUCUGUUGUAUAUACCUUUUGACAGUAUCGAUGUUGAGUCAUUGUUGAUAAUAGUAUUUUCUUCAUGUU